UUCCGGACGCGCUGAAGCGGAAAGGAGAGGAGAGGACAGGAGAGGCGGCGCGGCGGCGGCGGCGAGAUCCACACAUGACACAUCUGGAGGCGCGCGGUGGGAAUCGAUCGACGACUACCCCACCAUCUCCUCCUCUUCUCCUCCACUCCACUCCACCGCGUGUUUUUAUCUAUUUUUGCGCGGCCGCGAGCUCGCCCCCCUCGCGCACCUGCUAUCUCUCGCCGCCGCCUAAUAAUAGCUGCGUGACCAGGCACCACCGCCAUGGGAGCGCUCGAGGAGGCCCACCUCGCCACCGCCACCUCCACCGCCGCCAUCGCAGCGUGCGAGUGCGAGUGCUACGAGGAGGAAGGGGAGGAUGAUCUCGUCGAGGCCGGGGGCGGCGAGGGCGAGGCCGGGGCCGGGGCCGCCGACGCCAUGGAGCCGGCGGUGCGCGCGGUGCUGCUGGGGCUCGGCGAGGACGCGCGCCGGGAGGGGCUGCGGAGGACGCCCAAGCGCGUCGCCAAGGCCUUCCGCGACGGCACCCGAGGUUACAGGCAAAAAGUGAAGGACAUCGUGCAGGGUGCUCUCUUUCCAGAGGUUGGUGUUGAUAAAAGGACUGGUUCUGCUGGCGGAACUGGAGGGCAAGUUGUUGUUCGUGAUAUUGAUCUUUUCUCAUACUGCGAGUCAUGCUUGCUUCCAUUCAGCAUACAGUGCCAUGUUGGGUAUGUGCCUUCUGGUGGAAGGGUUGUUGGGUUAAGCAAGCUCUCUAGAGUAGCUGAUGUCUUUGCCAAGAGGUUGCAAAAUCCUCAAAGACUAGCUAAUGAAGUUUGCGGUGCAUUGCAUGCUAGCAUACAGCCAGCUGGUGUAGCUGUUGCUCUGCAAUGCUGGCACAUACCUUUGCCAGAGAACUUGAAAUGCAAGACUUUGCAAGGUUGGAUCAGCACUUCACAUUCAUCUCGCUCUGGAGUAUUUGAUGGUGAGAACAGCUCCUUUUGGAAUGACUUCUCUGCCCUUCUUAAGCUUAGGGGCAUAGACAUGGAGAGGGACAGCCAUUCUGCCUCUGUAUCUUGGUGCCCCUUAAGGUCUCAUGAGGCCCCAGCUUGCAAUGGGCACUGCAAGAAGGCUGCAGCCAAUGGUGCAAUUUCACCGAAAUCAGUACCAGCUCCCUCUAAUAUGGUUUCUGCUGUUAGCUCAAUGCUCUUAUCCCUUGGAGAGGAUCCCUUCAGGAAAGAACUUGUAGGUACUCCUCAGCGUUACGUGCAAUGGCUGAUGAAGUUCAGAGCAUGUAACCUAGAUGUCAAGCUGAAUGGCUUUACACUCAAUAAUUUGAGUGUUUACGAGAGUCCAGCUGGAGAUGCUGCUGACCAUCGCACAAUCCAUUCUGUGCUGCAUUUGCCAUUUUGCGCACAGUGUGAGCACCAUCUACUGCCGUUCUAUGGAGUAGUGCAUAUUGGCUACUUUGACAAUGGAGAUGGUGAAGUGAUCGAUCGAUCGCAUUUUCAGGCCUUGGUUCACUUUUAUGGUUGCAAGCUUCAGGUUCAAGAGAGAAUGACAAGGCAGAUAGCUGAAGCAGUUUAUUCUGUUUCGCAUUGUGGGGCUAUAGUUGUUGUAGAAGCCAACCACAUUUGCAUGAUAUCAAGGGGGAUAGAGAAAAUCAGGAGUAGCACUGCAACAAUUGCAGUUCUGGGUCAGUUUUUGACUGACCCUUCUGCCAAGGCAUGCUUUCUACAGAACGUAUUAGAUACAACUGGUUUGGCAGUAUGAAUCACUUAGAUCAUACAAACUAGAAUAUCAGAGAGCUAUGGCAUCAUUUACCAUGUUACCAAAUUGGUGUGUCAACGGGAAACAUUGCCCAUGGUUGGAGACAGGGGCCGGUGCCACGUCUCUA